UUUUCCGUCACCUGCGAACAAAACUAAAACCGAGGCAACGCAACGAGUUGUCUCUGCGUCUUCCUCGCAUCCUUUCCUAGCUUCACAGCCAUGGCAAAUCCCAGAGUUUUCUUUGACAUCGCUAUUGAUGGCGGAGACGCUGGAAGGAUUAUCAUGGAGCUGCGAGCGGACGUGGUCCCAAAGACUGCAGAAAACUUCCGGGCCCUGUGCACUGGUGAGAAAGGAUUCGGUUACAAAGGGUCCAGCUUCCAUCGUGUAAUCCCCAAGUUCAUGUGCCAGGGUGGAGACUUCACCAACCACGACGGAACCGGGGGCAAAUCCAUCUACGGCGAGAAGUUCCCCGAUGAGAACUUCCAGCUGAAGCACAAAGGAAUGGGGACCCUGUCCAUGGCCAACGCAGGGCGCAACACCAACGGCUCCCAGUUCUUCAUCUGCACAGGCUCCACUGACUGGCUGAACGGGAAGCACGUGGUGUUUGGCAGCGUUGUGGAGGGCGUCGACGUCGUCAAGGCCAUAGAGAAGCAAGGCACAAAGAACGGCACGCCCAAAGCCAAGGUUGUGAUUGCUGACUGUGGUGAGUUAAAAUAGAGGCUGGCAGCGGGUUAGCCUGCUCGCUCUAACGUUACCGGAUCAACAGUCUUCCUGUUGGACUCCUUGUCUACUGUGUUAACGUUUGUGCUGGGAUAUUUUGUAGCUUCUGUAAUCUUUCCCUGGAGGACGAUGUUUGUUACGAGCAUCCGCAUUAAUGAUACUGCUGCUGGCGUUAAUAAAAGACUUAAAAACCCA